UUGUUAAUAAUAGGAUUCUUUUAUUGCUAUUUGCUACUUGCUAGACCUCUGCUUCUUUUAUAACUCUUCAAAGCUUCUCUCCUUUAUCUUCUAUUUUUUUUUUUUCUUUCUCUGUUCUAUUGAGCUUUGGUGAAUUGGGUUUCCAUAGAAUCUCAGAAUUUUCAAGGAUUUUGCUUCUGGGUGUUCGACUAUUAGUACCUUUUGGCAAUAAAACCUCAGCUUUGGCGAAAGCAUCUGUGUCUGAAUAAUUAUCGGGGUUAGCAUGAAUAAGAUUAUGAUGUUGGGAUUGUUUUUGAUUAUGGAAAGUUAGAGCAACCAUGAUUGAUACUUUUAGGGUCCACAGUGGCAAUGUGAUGAUUAGUCAAGUUCAGUUUGUUUUGGUAAUGUAUGUAUAUAGCACUAGCAUAGGGGUGUUUGGAUGCUCUUCUAAAUGAAGAGUUUUGGCUUUAGAUAUUGCAAGAAGUAACUGUUGAUUUUUGGCCCCACUCUCCUUAAAAGUUUCAUGAAUUACAAUUUCAAAAUGUGAUAUGAAUCUUUUGUUUCAACGAGAGAGUUUGCAGCAUGAACCCAAGAUCAGUUUGUUCAUGUGCAGAUUUUUAACUAUUAGGAUUAUUAAAAAAAAUAACUAUGAUAUAGGUUGAGUUCCAACAUGUUCUGUUGUAAAUCCUGUGCUCCAAACCCGAAUUUUAAUGAAUGAACACCGAUAGGUGUCUUGUCUUCUUUAGCAAUACCUGAGCAAAUUUAUUGUCAAUGCUUGUCAUACUUGAUUGCUUUACACGGCUGUAUGUCAGCUAUGCCCGUGUUUAUGUGUAAAUGUCAGGCUUGAUUUUAGCUGGUAGACCAUAUAGGGCAAUAUUCUUCAAAAAUCGACAAUUAGAUGUUGCAUUCACUGGAUUCGAUUGUUUUGCUUUUAUGUUUAUCAUUUGCCCUGUUUCUUUGCUAGUAGUCCAGCAGUCUCAUAUAUAUUGCUAAUAUGUCUUUUGAGCAUGUUGAAUUCUCAUUAAUCAGAAUAGUUGCAGUAUAAUCCCGUGAGUGGGAGGUGAAGAAAUUGUGAUUUUGGCCUGCAUCUGAAAGGUGGAUUAUAGCUUAGUUGUUUGUGUUCAAUAUGGAGGACAUGUUUAAAGUCAAUAUGGAGGACAUAUCUAAAGUCAUUCCAUGGGCUGGGUACAUAUUCCAGAAGUUUGAAGAUAUGUGUUUGGAAAUGGAUGAGAUCGUGAAGCAGUAUGAGGUUCAAAAUGAUGAAAGCCAGUUGGAGAUGGAGAGUGGGAAUGUUAGAGAAUGUAGCUCAGAAGUCAUGCAAGAUAUGCUCCCUCCAUCUUCUGUGGACAUAGAGAAAGAAAAAGAUUCUGACGACUUGUCUCUGGCAGGAAACACUGAUGGAACCACCCAUGAAAAGUCUGGAGAAUGUAUUGGUGAAAAACAUUUUAAAGAGGGACCUUCCAAAGGAGAUCAUUUGCUAGAUUCAUCUUUUGUGGAACCUGUAAAGAGCAUGGAUAUUGGUUUAUCUUUUGAGGAAAAUGUCAAUACUGGUACAAAUGUAAAGGUUGAAUUUAGUAUCAACAAAAAUCCUACUAAGGAGAAACAAACCUCUAGAAAGAAGAAUUCAAGCAUGAGACGGUUAUCCCAUCAAUUCCAAGCUGAUAAUGAGAUAACAUUAGAUAGUAGAGGGGAAAUGUUGCUGCCAUUUCUAGAUGAUGUCAAAGGGUCUAACUCUUUCAAGAAAAUAGCAGAAGAGAUAGAUGCUGAUGCUUGUGAUGACAUACUAUCCCCUGACUCUGUUAGUUUGGUUGAGUCCAGUGAGAGUAAAGUCAUGGAAGUUGAACUUCGCUGUGGUGAUACCUCAACACAAUCAAUUGAGAGAUAUUGUGGAUCCGUUGAUGAAGGGUCUAGAGAGGAUGAUGUUACCAAGCAAGGCACACAAACUGUUCAACCAUCUGAUAAAGUGCAGCUUGAUGAAAAUUCUGUUAUGGUACCAUAUUGCAGUGAACUUUAUACCGUCUCUUGUGAAGAAUCAAAAGACAGUUCUUUCAAGAAAGACUCUAAUGAAGCCUUUGCUUCAAAACUGGGGUUGAAGAAGAAGAAGAAGAAGAAGGAAGAUGAGCAAAAUGCAACCUGUUAUGAUGAUUUUAAUGCAGAAUUGGAUCAACAAAGAGGAAAAGGUUCCAAAUCAUAUCUUGCUGAAAACCCUGAUACACCAGACCAAGAAUCCUCUGAAUCUGACUGGGAGAUUGUUUAGAUCAAUUACCAUUAUGUCUACAGAUGAGUGGGUAGUUCAACUGGUUUGGUGGCCUUGAUUAUGCUGAUGAAAAUGCGGAUUAACAAAAGUUUCCUCUUUUUAUUUAUUUAUUAUUUAUUAUUUAUUAUUUAUUUUUUAAUUUUUACAAAUGCUUUAAAUUAUUUGAUAUCUUCAAUCAAAUUUACACUGUUAGAUACAGUGAGUCCUUCUUAAGGCGGAAGAUAUCCAUUUAUUCACAGGUGGAUUUUUGGUUCGGAUA